UCCACGUCAUCCUUGAGUUUAGGAGGAAAUCUGAUGUGGCUAACUGAGGUAGCUUUAGCUCAGCGGGCAGUUCGCUGAUGGUGAAGCCGCGAAGCUGCGCUCAUAGCCGCCGUUUAAUCAGCGGUACUGUAGAAUUAAUGGAAUAAAACCUCCGGCGGUCUUAAUUCAGUUUGUGUCGGUGAGAAAUGGAGGCGGAGAGCGGCGCUGCUAAUGUCAGAGCGGCGGCAGCGGGAGGAGGAGGAGGGCAGGAGAGCCUGGAGAACCAGGACCUGAGUUUCCUCCUGACCACUGUUUCCUCGCUUUUCUCUGAGUAUGGAUGGUAUCUGCUGCUCCUCAGUGGGGGGGUGUAUCUCCUCAUUCAGCACCUCAAUAAGAAAAGGUCUAUUCAGGAUCGCAGCUCAGCCUCCACAUCCAGCUCAGAUCCUGUGUCCGUGGUGAGACGCCAGGAGGCUUUGGAGGCGUCACGACAAAGAAUGCAAGCAGAGCUUGAUGCCAAAGCUGCAGAGUUUAAAGAAAAACAGCAGAGAAUGGAGGAGGAGAAAAGACAGCAAAAGAUUGAGAUGUGGGACAGCAUGAAAGAGGGGAAGAGUUACAUAGGAAAAGCGAAACUUUCGCAAAACAGCGAUGAGGCUGCCAGUUCUUCGACAGUGCUGAAGCCAAAGACGGACAAAAAGCCUCUUCGCAGCAGCGGUUACAAUCCACUGACUGGUGAUGGAGGAGGAACCUGUGCCUGGAGGCCAGGAAGAAGAGGACCCUCUGCUGGUGGAUGAGGUUAAAGGAGGUUAGAGGGAAACUAGGGACAUGGUCCUAGUCGCCUCUGACCUUUUGACGUCAGGCAAAGGAGCACAUCUUUAACAACUGAAUGAAGCUGUCAGAUCUCAUAAUGGUUUUGUACAUGAUUCAGACAUAAAACUCCUGUUUAUUCUUAAUCAGAAAGCAAAUCAGAUUUACAUUUUAAUGCUUUUGCUUAAAACCAUCACUGUUGAUUUCUUUUAUAUAUAUAUAUAUAUAUAUAUAUAUAUAUAUAUAUAUAUAUAAUUUAAUUUGGUUUAUCAAAGAGCAUUCACAAUACAGGGUUACAGGGUAAAUCGUUCACUCUGAUAUAAUUCAAUAAUAUCUAGAGUUUGUUUCUCUAGAUGGGGUUUGAGCGUAGUCCUCGACUACGUAGCGUCCUGAGAAGUCUGUGCUCGAUACAAAAAAAAAUCUAUGAAAACCUUUGAAAUUCUUUAGUAUUUAUACUUGUAUUUGAUUAGCUUCUACCAGUUAUUUGGCAACAACAGAUUAAGCUGGUCAUUCAUGUGUCUGUGUAAACAGAACAGGAGAUUAAUCCUUAAUUAAAAACAGAUAGACAAUUCAAUAUAAUAUAGAGAAAUAGUAAAAAUAUAACUCUUAAGGCCUUCAGAAAUUUGUUAUGUUUAUCCAGCAGGAGUGACGUGUGCACGUGAAGGGAGUUUGAUUCUGGGAGGUAGAAUUUGGCACAACACCCUGGAGAGGCAGUAUGCCAGUAUCUGACUGAUCAGAGAUAAGUAUACACUCUCGCAGCUCACAUAGGGGAAUGUGACAGUACAAAUAAAAAAUUAACAAUCACAUAAUGAACCUUGCUUCAGACUUUGGUCUGGACCUUUAGGUGUAAAAAUGUAAUUUUCUAAAGUUAAUUUCCCAAAAAGAAAGCCUAGUGCUGACCUAUAUAGCAUUCUGAAUGGAAUUAGAAUCUAAAGCCUACAGGUGCAUUAAAAAUAUAUAUAUAAUAUCAUAACAAAAGUUACUUUAUUUCAAUAUAUCAGUUCAAAAUUUGAAACUCCUAUAUAGCUGUAUUACACACAGAGUGAGAAAAUUUAAAUAUUAUAUAAGAACAAUUGGUACAUUUGGCAGUGUGCCAAGUCCUGGAAAAUGAAAUCUGCAUCUCCAUAAAAGUUGUCAGCAGAGGGAAGCAUGAAGUGCUGUAAGAUUUUGUGGGAAAACAAAACUGCACUGACUUUAGACUUUAUAUAACACAAUAGAUCAACACCAGACGUCUCUCCAAACCAUCACUGAUCAUCAGUAAAUGUUGCAUUUCAUUUAUAAAUCAAGGGAGCAGAGUCUGGAGGAAGAGUGGAGAGACACAGUCCAAACUGCUUGAGGUCUAGUGUGAAGUUUCCACCAAUCAGUGAUGGUUUGGAGAGACAUGUCAUCUGCUGCUGUUGGAGAUUUCGUUUUCCUGCAGGACUUGGCACACUGCCCACACUGCCAAAUAUACCAGUUGGUCUUAUAUAAUAUUCUAGUUUUCUGAGACACUGAUUUUUGUUUUUUUUAUCAUUUGAUAAUCAUCAACAAUAAACACUUAAAAUAGAUCACUCUGUGUGUAAUACAUCUAUAUAAUAUAUGAGUUUAACAUUUUGAAUUCAAUUACUGAAAUAAAGUAACUUUUUAAUGAAAUUCAAAUUUUUUGAGAUACACCUAUAGUCAUUUUAGCAUAAUAAUAGUUAUAAUAAUGUACUUAAUUUAGCUGUGAUCCUGCUUUGUGAUUCUCUCAUUUUGUGCUUAUUUAUCAAAUCAAAACGGAAUAACCAUGUGAGACUGACAGCUUAUAAUGAUGCCUCCUCACUAAAGGCGCUCAGGCCAGUGAGGUUUGGUUGAUGUUUUUCAGUUGUGACGACGGUGUGCUCCUGUUUUAAACACAUUGGUCAUUAAAAUGCGGUGCUUUACGCACUUCCUAGCCUGUACAGGUGUUUGGGAACGCUACUGCUGUAGGAUUUCUGUAGUACUUCUCUUACCGUGUGCGGUAGCUCUCUCUAACGUGCCUGAAAAGGCUGGGUUUUCUAUAAGUCACUUUGCCCAAGGAUUGUGCUUAAGUGGUCGAGCGAGCAUCACACACAAUGCUCUUUCUACCAGAUAAGAUGAUCUUCACACUGCAAUGCAAAGACAUUUAAAAGAAAAAACAGUCACUAAGCAGUUAUUUGUGAGGAUUUAUAUCCUCUUUAAGCUUUGUAUUUUUUUUUUCUUUUGUAGUUGUGAUUAAAAUUUAUUUGAGUGGACAUGAAAUGUCCUUAUCUGUUGCUGUCUUAUUGCUAUGCUGUCUUAUUUGCUAAAAACCUUUCACAAUUAAAAGGCUUUACUUGGCAUGCA